AUGUCUGAAAAAGAAGCAUUUUCACGAAUAACAUCACACAAAAUUAUCGAUGGAUCUUUGUAUUAUAGAAUACAGUGUAAGGACAACUCUUAUCGCUGGGCUUCAGCAGAAAGUCUCAUCGUGCAUUCAAAUUCUGUUAUUCGUUAUUUUUAUUCAGAAGAUCACGAAUUAAAGGAUCAAGAAACUCAAACAGAACCUACACAAAAUAACAGUCAGAUAUUUAAUACAAAAGAAAAACAAUUAACAGAUUUAUUCUCUGAUUAUAAAGAACAGUAUGAUCAAUUUUCAUUUAGGAAACAUAAUAUUGCCAUAGAGGGUAUUUCAUUAUCUCCAAAUGCACAAGAAUCCGUUGCUUCUUUCCAUAUCCAAGGAGAAAAAGUAUCUAGAUGGGCAGCCUUAUCAGCGUUAAGGAUAUCAAAUCCUAGAGAUUUAGCUACUUAUUUAUGCACUAUGGCAUCCAAAAAACAUUAA